AUGGCCGUCGCAAGACUCACCGCGCGAUCCGGGUUCCUCGCGCGGGCAGCAGGGACAGCCCGGACCUCACCGAGCCCCCUACAAGCCCCCGUGUCUCGAGUUUCCCGCGCGAUUCGCGCGACCGGACUCACACCACGCCCCGUCUCUUUCUCAACCUCCACCUCCUAUUCCUGCGCCUCCAAACCCACCAGCGCCCCAACCACGGACCCCAAGUCCGAACCCCAAACUGACGCCGCGGACCACACAGAUCGGUACGCAGCCGGCCUGCGCCUGAACAAAGAAUGGGCCGCCCAGACCGCCCGUGAUCACCCAGAACUCUUCCCAACCCUCGCAAGCGGCCAAAAGCCCCAGAUCCUCUGGAUCGGCUGCUCCGACUCCCGCUGUCCGGAAACUACCUUCUUGGGCCUGCACCCGGGCGAUGUCUUCGUGCACCGCAAUAUCGCCAACGUCAUGCACCCCGGCGAUCUCAGCUCUUCCGCCGUCAUCGAGUAUGCGGUGCAGUAUCUCCGCGUGAACCAUGUCGUGGUUUGUGGGCAUACCGCGUGCGGUGGUGUCGCUGCCGCGAUGGGGAAUAAGAAUCUUGGAAUUUUGGAUCCUUGGCUUUUACCUCUGCGACAACUGCGGGAGCGUAACCUUGAAUUGCUUUCGUCGAUGACUGCCGACGAGGCUGCGAUGAAGUUGGCGGAGCUGAAUGUUCGUGAGGGGUUGAAUGUUGUUAAGCAGAAGGGUGUGGUGCUGAACGCUAUUCAGGAGCGUGGUCUCCAGCUUCAUGGGUUGAUCUAUGAUGUUGGCUCUGGUGUUCUGAGUGAGUUGGAUACUCAGGAUUCGGAGGAGGUGAUUCGCGCCCGUCUGACGGCGUUCCAGACGGAAUGA